AUGAAAUCCAUCGUCGUGUGUAGUGUUUUGGCACUUGUCAUCAUUGCCUUGUUGAGUUUGAACGUUUCACAUGCACAACAACAAAAUGAUAUUUUGCCAGCUGUCCAUCCACAAAACAACCUUGCAUCCGAGUUGAGACGUCUCCUUUCUCAACUUCGUAGAUCAUCUCCACAAGCUGAUUUAUUACCAACCGAUGCAUCUCUUGAAACCAUUCGUCAAAAUCUCGAACAAGAACAACGUCAAAACAAACGUUGGUUGAUUCAACCAGCACGCAAGUCUGCUGAGAAGAGUGUGGUCGAGAUGGCUGAUUUGAGAAUUGUCGAACAACUUGAAAGAAUGAAAAAGAAUAUGGAAACUCGUCAUAAACAAGAUUCCGUAUUGUUGAAACAGAAAUUAAAGGAAGAAUUACAAGUGCUUCGUGCUGCUUGGAAGGAAUUACUCGAAGAAGAUGCCUUUGAAGAAGAGGAGCAAGAAGAGGACGCAGAAGAAUUGGCAGAUUCUGAAUGGGGUCCUCGUUGUAUUCCAACUGGUGCUUUUUCAUGGGCAAGAUUGUUUGGUCAGAAGUGUGUUUAUUAA